CCCCUCCCCUCGGCCUUCCUUUCUUUCUCGCGUUGCCCGGUGUGUUUGUUAGCAGCUAACGUCGCGACGCCUUUUCGCCGCCUUUCAGUUGCAGUCAAGAAAUGGCCGCCGCCGGUAUGCAGAGUCGUAAGCGGCUCCUCAAGGACGAGGACAUGACUAAGGUGGAGUUCGAGACUAGCGAGGAGGUGGACGUCACCCCUACCUUCGACACCAUGGGCCUGAGGGAGGACCUGCUGCGCGGCAUCUACGCUUACGGGUUCGAGAAGCCGUCGGCCAUUCAGCAGCGAGCCAUCAAGCAGAUCAUCAAAGGCAGAGACGUCAUCGCCCAGUCGCAGUCGGGCACGGGAAAGACGGCCACCUUCUGUGUGUCGGUGCUGCAGUGUCUGGACAUCCAGGUGAGGGAGACCCAGGCGUUAAUCUUGGCGCCCACCAGAGAAUUGGCUGGCCAGAUUCAGAAGGUGCUGCUGGCGCUCGGGGACUACAUGAACGUCCAGUGCCACGCAUGCAUCGGCGGGACCAACGUGGGUGAGGACAUCCGCAAGUUGGACUUUGGCCAGCACGUGGUGUCGGGAACACCGGGGCGGGUUUUCGACAUGAUCCGGCGCCGCAGUCUCCGAACGCGCGCCAUCAAAAUGUUGGUUCUGGACGAGGCCGACGAGAUGCUCAACAAAGGUUUCAAGGAGCAGAUCUACGACGUGUACCGCUACCUGCCCCCCGCUACGCAAGUGGUCCUUAUCAGUGCCACGCUGCCGCACGAGAUCCUGGAGAUGACCAACAAGUUCAUGACGGACCCCAUCCGCAUCCUGGUCAAGCGUGACGAGCUGACGCUGGAAGGAAUCAAGCAGUUCUUUGUGGCGGUGGAGCGUGAGGAGUGGAAGUUCGACACGCUGUGCGACCUCUACGACACACUCACCAUCACGCAGGCUGUCAUCUUCUGCAACACCAAGAGAAAGGUGGACUGGCUGACGGAGAAAAUGCGGGAGGCCAACUUCACAGUGUCGUCCAUGCACGGAGACAUGCCGCAGAAAGAGCGAGAGUCCAUCAUGAAGGAGUUCCGUUCCGGAGCCAGUCGCGUGUUGAUCUCCACCGAUGUGUGGGCGCGCGGUCUGGACGUGCCUCAGGUUUCCCUCAUCAUCAACUAUGACCUCCCCAACAACCGAGAGCUCUACAUCCACAGGAUCGGCCGCUCCGGUCGCUACGGCCGCAAAGGUGUGGCCAUUAACUUUGUGAAGAACGACGACAUCCGCAUCCUGCGCGACAUCGAGCAGUACUACUCCACGCAGAUCGACGAGAUGCCCAUGAACGUGGCUGACCUGAUCUGACGGUGCCGGAAGUCGCGCCCACUUUUUACUUCCCGUUUGAGCCUCGACGUGUUUGUAAAUAAAGCUUUUUUUUUUUUACCCUACCUUGUGUUCUUGUAGCAAUAGCUGACAAGGCAAGGCAGUCUGUGUCUUUAGUUGUUAAAUUGACAUUUAUUUCACAUUACAAGUUCAGCUUUUUGGAGAUACCGUUCAAAUUACAAGUCUGAGUUUGUUUUUUUUGUCAAAACAUACAAAAAUAUUCACCUUGAAUAAACUUGACUUGAUCCCCA